CGGAAUAAAGCGGAUGUCUUACGCGCAUGCGCUCUUUCAAUAAACACGAGCUACGAGUUUGUGUUUUCCCUCGGUAGAGAAAUAUCGGCAAAAAUAAAUAUAUAUAUUUUUAAAAAAUAAACAGGUUACAGCUUUUGUAAUCAAAAAUGAGACUGUACACUAAAAUGUGAUAAAACACUAAGUGAACAGACGAGUCCAGUAAAAAUAUAGUUUCCACAAUGUAAAUAUGAUGUUCGCGCAUGCGCAGUUUUAAUUCGCGCUUCCUCUAGGUAGUAUAAUACUUUAGGAUGAUAAAUUCAGAGGUUUUCCUCUGAAGGCGAAUGAAGGACAAGACCGAGAGCAAAUUCAGCCAUGAGAAAAUAUGACAAGGUUUAAUACCAAGUUAAAAAAUAAUCUUGUGAAACUACAUUUCGCAGAAAUGUAAAGGAUCUCUGUAGCGCAUGCGCAGUUCGGAUUCACUUGUAACGGGCUCUAGUGAUGGCCGGAACGUCUGCGACCUCUAACGGUGCGACGGGAAAGCGCUCAGAGGAGGCAGAAGAGGCUAAAAAGGGAUGGCUGUCCAAAAAAACUCAUUUCACACGUCGCUGGAAGCCAGCAUGGUUUCAGAUCAAGGAGUCCAAGCUUUACUACGGCGGAAACGACAAGAAUCCUGUUAAGUUUAUCAGUCUGAUUGGGGCAGAAAUCGAGGCCCUGGAGCAGGAUGGACGUUUUGACUGGACUAUAAGACCACAGGGAAGUAAAAGGACCUUUUUCCUUCGGGCUGGAUCGGCUGAGGAGCAGCAGCAGUGGAUGGUGGCUAUCUGUGAAGCGCAGAUGAGCUCUGGAGAGCACACUUCAAAUGCCUGUGUGGUGCAAUAGUGUGUCUUAUGUCUUUUAAUAUUGUCACAACAACAUAUUUUAACAUUUUAUCACAUCAAUAAUGAAACUGUAAGCAAACCACAGCAGGAGGUUAUUUGUGUUGUAGAUUUUAUACAUAAGGAGUAAAACACUAAUUAGACCGGGAUGGUGUCAGGUUGUAACCACCACAUGUAAACCACAAGCCGAUUAUUUUCCUAUAACGGCACAUCCCAAAGAGUUUUAUUCCACCUAUACUACAGCAAUUUGCCAGUCAUAACUAUUUUUAUGGAUUAAAGAACGGCGCAUACUUUUUAUCCAUUUAGAGUUACAUUUUUUACAGUUGUGGAACGCCCACGCAACAAGUGAGUUCCUGUUAUGACUCACAUUAUAACAGUCGUCCCCUCAUCAGCUUCUCAUUUUUCUCUCUCUCUUGAAGCUGAUUGGCUAAUAAGAAGCAAAAUCAGCUUGUCACAUUACUGAGAAACAACAAAGUGCAAACUCCUCUGUCAAGAUUUUCCUGAAGGUUGAAAGCGUAAAAGCUCUGACACUGAGUGAAGUCCUCUUUCAUAUAUGUUAAAUAUCUUCUUACAGAAAGCCUCACCAAAGCAACCUCUAUCCUUUUUUCAUGUUAAACACCAAAACCAUUUUUCUUAUUUUUUUCUUAUUUUUUUUUUUAAAGCAGCUUUUUCUUAGGCUUGAUUUAUGUGAGCAUAAGCCCUACAAGUUCUCUUUACUUUUCCUGUUAUCUAUGAGUGUUUGUUGUGAUUGUAUAGUUUGUUUUCUAGUAUAAUUAGGGAAAAGUUUGUGGACAUCUGACCACCACACCCACUUUCUACUAGAUUUUAGAUAGAUAGAUAGAUAGAUAGAUAGAUAGAUAGAUAGAUCACUUAUUUAAUCCCACCAAGCAACCUCUAUCUUUUUUUGAUGUUAAACACCAAAACAGUUUUGUUUUAUUUUUUUAAGCAGCUUAUUCUUAGGCUUAGUUUAUGUGAGCAUCAGCCCAACAAGUUCCUGUGUAAGUUGUUACUAUAGAAACAAUAACAUUUUAGAAUGAGUGCAUUAAUAUCAACCUGUGAAUUGAAUUGUACUCAAACUACUGUCAGAGCUGCUGUUAAAGAAAAUUAAUCAACACCAUCUGACCAAUCACAUUGAACAUUGAACCUAGACAAGGACAUAAAAGAUACAUAUCUAAAAGUAAAAAGAUAGCAAUUACAUAAUAUUUAUAGCAUUCUGUAGAAUUUAUCCACCUGAGCAGUUUGCAGUGAUUGUGGACUUUACUAUUUUAUUUAUAUUACACACCCACAGAGGGCAGUGUUUAAUAAAACAUGUGAAAACUGUCAGUUUGCUCCUAGGAAGCUGCAGUUUUCGCUCACCUGUCGCUUUACUUCUCAUCUGUUCAUGUAAAAAAUCAACAAAGCUAAGUAAAAAGCAAUACAACAUGACUAUGGAAAAUGAUAUACCUAAACAUUAGCAAGCAGCAUGAAUAUGAAUUAUGAAUUAUAGGCUACUAAUAGAUAAAAUCAUAAUGGGAUAAAACAGGACUGUUAUUUCUGAACUUGUGAAAGGUGAAUAUCACUAUGUCUGUGAAGAUAUUUCAUUUUUUUUCUACUUGUAUAAAGACAUUUUAUUCAUUAUUAAUUGACUGGGAAUUUGGGAGUAUUCUGUCAGAAAUAU